AUGCACAAGUCGACUGCACUGACUUUGGUCGAUUAUCCUGACCGGUUGGGUCUCUCGUGUCCCCGUGUCCCUCCGUGGACCCGGCUUCAGUUCGGUGGCGUCGAACUGCGCAACAAACGCGCCGAGGUGCUCUUCUGUUCCAUCCACCGCUACGACCGUGGGAAGUAUUACCCUGGAGGUGAAUUGGGAAACUACACCAGUCACGGCACAGGCGCAGGUGAAGGCUACUGCGUGAACGUCCCCUGGGAGGUGGCCUCCAAUGCGAAGAACCCUCCCGGAGAUGCGGAACUGCUGUAUGCCUUUGAUCGGCUCUUCAUGCCGAUUGCCAAGGCCUUCACGCCGGACCUGGUCCUCGUGAGCGCCGGCUUCGAUGCGGCACCAGGUGACCCGCUAGGUGGCUGCCGGGUCUCGCCCAAGGGCUUCUACGAGAUCACCCAGAAGCUUAUGGGUUUGGCGGGUGGCAAAGUCGUCCUCGCGCAGGAAGGUGGAUACAACGUCGACAGCAACAGUGAGUCGAUGGCCGCGUGCACUCGAGCACUUCUGGGAGAUGCAGCACCUGACAGCAAUCAGAUGCCAGGCUUCAACGUCGUGGACGAGCGCGACGCAGCGCUGCGCCCGGCGGCGGUCUGCCACGUCUCAACGGUGGAGAACAUUGGAUACAGCUUGCUCAACGUCUCAGCACAGCGACAUCGCCAGUUCCUUCGGGACUUGAGCUCCACAGGCCCAACGGAGCACGGUAUGGUGGGCCUACUGGCCGCCUUCGUGCAACCGCAAGAGGCUCUCUUCCAGGUCAUGGAGCUCCUGGAGGGCCCGGACCUCUUCGACUUUUUGGCACCGAAGACCGAGAAACUCCCGGAGAGUGCGGUCGUCGGUCUGGUGCGGCAGAUGCUGGAGGCCGUGCACUACAUGCAUCGAACCUUAGGUGCACUACAUCGAGAUAUCAAGCCGGAGAACUUUGGCUUCAUCAAGCCCCCGGUCAAGGAGCAGAGCUUCCCGCCACUGAAGCUGUUCGAUGUGGGCCUGGCCUGGGUCCUGGAGGCCCCAGUGACCGAAGAGACAGCCAAAGAUAUCUUGCACAUCAAACGUUGUGGCACCGCAUGCUACAUGGCACCGGAAGUCUGGGAUGGCAAUACUGGUCCUCCCUCAGAUGUCUGGAGUCUGGGAAUCGUGUCUUACAUCGUCACCAGCUUGGAGGUGCCCUUUAAGUUGAUGGAGACCAAGGCUCCGAAAUCCGCCGUUCGCAACAACGACCUGUCCUUCGAAUCCAACGCUUGGACGAACACGUCUGAACAAGCAAAGGAGUUCUUAAAGGGGAUGUUGCAGAAAGAAUACCGCAGCCGCCUUACGACCAGUGAAGCACUGGCCCAUGAGUGGCUGCGAAGGACAGAGGCUGGGCUACCCACCAUCUCCGAAGGCUCCUCGGGCUCCGAGGGAGCCGAGCUGACGCCGAAGUGCGUCCCGUUGAUCACCGCCUUGCCCCCGAAGAGCAGGCGCAGCGAGGCGGGGAUUUUCGAGUCCAUGACGGCCAUGCCGGAGAAAUUCUUCGCUGAUCAGUCGACAGCAGAGCGCUGA